UAUUAGUGCUUUGAUGUUUACGAUUGAACAACUAAUGAUUAAGUUCAGUAGAAAAUUGUGAUUCCAUGAACCGGUUUCCGAGCAGCUGCACUGUGUACAUGGUGGUAUAUACUGAGAUCGUGGUGAAAUAAAUUGUAAGGAUUUCUCCACGGGCAAUGAAGCAAGAAAACAUGGGCUAAAAUGAAACACAUUUUUGGUCGCAGACAUCAUGGUUGCCAUCCGGAGAGUAAAGCGCUUAAUCCAGUUUUCGAUUCUUGCUGCUGUUGUUGCCACGCUGCUUUUGAUUCUUCAAUGGAGAGAAAUAUCCGAUUCAGAAAAGUUCGAUUUGAAAAGGAGAGGUAAGUAAUUAAAAAUGUAAUGUUUAACACGCGUGACCAACUUCACAUCAGUCUUUUAAUGCUGUCAAUUGUUUUGAAUUUACUCCAUGGGUAAUCACCGUGAAAAUCUCCGAGUUAACGUGGGUAAACAUCGUCUCUCACAUCUAGGAGAACUCUUUGAUGGUGCAAAAGAAAAUGACAAUUUUGGAAGCUUUUUCGCCACGGUCGAGCGGGAAUUUAAAGUGAGUGAAGUACUGAUGCUAAACAGUGAUACAGUGUACUGCCUUUCCCAUAAUCUUAUAUUGUGUUGUGAAGUGCGCUUGAUAAGUGCUUUCUCAUGUUUAGUGUCCGUUUUUGUGCACUUAAACUUACAUUUUUGCAACAGGAAGUGAGUAAGCUCGUCAAUUUGAGUCUGACAGAUGCGUGCUCCGCAUCCUUUUACGAAACUGUCGACAUUCGAUUUCAAAGUUAUGCAAAACAUAUUUCUUUCACCAAAAAGAAGAGCUUAUAAUAUAGAUCUUGUUUAUUUUCAAUACUGCUUUUUUCGGCAAUACUUCACCUCUAAAAAUAAAAGGAGGAACAUUUUUCCUGAUAUAUUUGAGAUAUAUUAACAUUAAAUCGUGGCUCCUCAGCUAGUAUUUAGUUUUUUCAUUCGCAAGAAGUUUCACUCCAGUUAAGGUAUUUUGAAGUAUUAACCUUGGUAUAUGAGGAAUCCGUAUAUAACCUACACGAUUCUGUUUUUACUAGAGACGAGGGCGAUAAAAUAAAAGACUUUAUAGCAAGGACGUUUAAAUAUAUCGCGAGUAUGUAGUCAGGAAUCAAGGUUAUUUCCUAGAACGAUAUUGACUUUGUUGUCGGUAUUGUCCGACCCAUUUCCGGUCCUUUUGAUAUGGUCGUUAUGACUAAUAUAAUAGAAAAUUGAUUAGGCUUACCACUGCUACGGAAUGCAAAUUACUGCUAAUCACUUCUUUCCAUUAACAUUUACUGAAAAAUAUUUUUCCAAAGUUUUUGGGUUAUACGAAGCUGAAAGAUCAUUUAAAUCCAAGAUAAAGACAGAUAAGCUGCGGGCUUUGUCUAUUUUCUAUCUUUGCAAAGUACCCUCACCUGUACAAGUAAAAUUGCUUUUUGUUGUUUGGUAGGCAGAUUAUGCACAUAUAAAAUGGUUAAAUUAAAUUAGACAGACAGGUGCAGAGUCGCUUAUAUAAAUUAUUUUGCAGAAUUAUAUUUCUGAUCUUAAACUUCCAUAUAUAGCUUUUUUAAGCACUUUUGAUUUUACAGUUUUUGGAAAUUUACCCAAAUAAUUUAUUUUGUGAAAAAAUGAAAUAAUCAGCUUGUCAUGAGCAUGGGACAAAGAAAAAAAUCUGAGUCCCUGACACUCUCAAAAUGAUAUUAAGAAGAUUUCUUAUUCUAUAAAAAUAAAUAAGAAAUGAUUUAAAGCAAAAGUGACUCAAUUUCAUUUCAAUCUAAAAAUUAACAUUGUGGGUAAAGUUUAUAUUCAAGGUGAUUUUAUGAAUAAAUGCAAACUCUGCCUCUGCUUUUAGAAUUAUGAUCUCUGGAGAUAAACCAGGGUUCAUACAAAAACUUGCAACCAUUUUUCAAGGACUUUUCAAGGACUUUUCAAGGACCACAUUAGAUUUUCAAGGACAACCUACUAGGAAUAUAAUUUCAUAGAUUGUACAAAAAUGCAUAUUCCCAGUAUAUUCUAAUAAGACUUUAAGGCUUUAACUGUUUGCUUCACCAAAUUCUUUACAUUUUUCAUUUCACUUGUCUUAAACUGAUAGUUAAUUAUUGCAUAAAACAUGGAGCACUUUAUGUAAAUGACCUUUACAUUCACUGAGCUACGAUUUAUAUUCUGUCUUGGACAACCAAAAAGCAUCAAAAAAUUCUUUCCAGGCUACUACAUUCAAAGUUGAAGAAAAUUCAAGGUCUUUUCAAGGACUUGCACAGAAAUUUAAGGACUUUUCAAGGAAAAAUGGAAUUCAAGGACUUUUCAAGGACUUCCCCUAAAAUUCAAGGACUUUUCAAGACUGUGCGAACCCUGUAAACAGUACUGUAUCCAGUGCUAGUUACCACCUCCUUUAUUCCUUUAAGCCUUAAGAGUGAUCAGCAUCAAAUUUCUCCUUGUAAUAUCAAUUUUUUGUAAAACAGAGUGGUCGUGAGAAUUAUGGACAUGAUCACACAAGAUGAAUUUGCUUGAUAUUUUAUUAACUUCUUCCCACUACUUCUGUAGGAAAUGAAUAGGUGCAACAAAUGAGAAUUCAGAUUUUGAUCUUAGGGUUUAAAGGGUUAAUUAACUCACAUUGCUAACACACCAAUAACAGAUAAUGGUUUUUGAAGAUUAUUUAGCAUUAAAUUGAAUUUACCAGUAUCAAAAUCUCCAAGCAUGCUAAGCAUAGUCAAUUUCAUUGUGGAAAACUGACUAAACUCUUUCUUUACAGAAACAAUUCAACCAUCUUGUUGGAAGUAAAAAUGCUGCUGAUGACAAAGAUGACUGGAAAAGAGCAUUUAACAAGAAAGCUAAACACCAGGCAGAGCUUAACAACAAUUACUACAGUAUGUUACGAAUGAUUGAGUUUAAGAAAAAAGUAAUAGGCAAUUUUGCUAUUUAUGCCACUUGAAUCUUUGUUUAAUUGGAUAAAAAUCUCACCAACAUAAAGAAACCAUGUUGUUAAUGUAUGCAGGGGAUUUGUUUGUAAAUAUGAUGACAUUUGCCUCUCUUCAAAGAUAUCCAUCAUCUUCUUCACUGACCUGUAAGGGUGGGGGAGGGGGCACUCCCUUAUUUUUGUCCAAAAGAGUACAUGUAUGUGGCACUGUAAAGGAUGUGGUUUUAGGGAUCUUGAAUCACCACAGGGUGUACAAUUUCACUCUUCAGUGUCUUGAAUAGGGUGUCCACUUGUGUGGUACUAACACAUUUUUUUAAAAAAUUUGGUUACAUGGGUGUGUUGGGUGGGACUCGGGGAACCACACCCCCUUUUUCUGUAAUAUGUUUUCCCCCUCUCUGAAUUUUCUGGAUCUGCCCAUGAAGUAUGUGGUGUGGUAGUUUAAAAAAAUUCUUCAUCCUGUGAGAAAUGAAUCAGGGUCAUGAAAACAGGUCUCUUGUCUUAAACAGGGUAGCAAAAUGGUUUCCCUCUUAAAAGGGCAAUGUUUAAAGACCUUGGCAGCACCUACCCAAACAUGCUCCUAGAAAGGUCUCCAAAACAGUGUUUCAGUGCUUACCUCCUGAUAAAAAUGUUCCCUCAUUCCGACAACCCCAGCAGUAACAGUUUUUAUCAUCUAAUUCUGAUCCUAAGCAUACCGGUAAAUUUUUUUAAUUGCUUUUCAUAUGGUCCAGUUUCCUUUGUCGGUAGACCCCUUGGCAGAUAGUCAAACACAAAGGUGUGGCUAUCAUCUUGAUGCCAAAAUGUAAUUAUUGAGACCAUAAUGGUAGGCAUCUUGCUCACAAAAUGUUCCCAGCAACAGGGAGCAAUUAAGGGAAAUUGUAUUUAGCAUGCUAUGACCCUUCAGGCUACUCUUUAGAAAGGUGUUGCCAGCCUUUGAGUUUUCUGAACACUUGUUUAUAAGUCCUCCUUUAUAUUUAGGAACUCAUUUUCAUUCAUUUGGUGCUCAUUCACAGAAAAGAGGAAGACAGCCAAUGGAACAAAGAUGAAUCAUGUUGAAAACAGACAGCUCAUGCAAGUGUUCAAUGAAAGCCAAACACCUAACACUACCACCAAUGCUAGAACAAGAACCAAUGCUAGCAUAGAUGUAUCUUCAACUUUAUCAAAUGCAUCUAAAGGUCUGGACAAGAGCAAGCCAUUGCAGAAAAAUUCAGGGCCAAAACAUGCUGAUCAUCUUAUACAUGCUUCUCCUACAUGGAAGACCUUUACAUGGACAAAGAAAGUGAGUUGAUUAACCCUGUCUUAGUCUGUUUGGCAGUUGUAAAGGGUUGGAGUAACCUUUGUUAAGUAGGUGCCUGUUAUUUUUAAAACCCGGGGCUGCUACACAGAUGGUCAUAACCUUUUAUUUACUGCCCCUUACUUUUCUUCCCCUUCCUCCCCAACUACCCACUACCUUUGCCUCAUAAAGUGUAUAAAUGCAUAUUUUCCAAGAAUUUUGGGGAAAUUUUUACAUUUUUCUAAAGGAAAAGCAAAAUUUUGUUGGCACUUAAUCCACUUUAUUUUUUAGGGGGCCAAAAAUAAUAUUUUGUCAUCAGUGGGAGCAGGGAGGGAUAUUAAUAUAUGAAUAUUUUAUUGGAAUUUGUGUUGGCCCUCUUACUAUUUUUUAAGGGGACAAAUAACAAUUAAAGUAUGUCCUCAAUGGGCGGGGAGAGGGGGUUGGGGGAUGGGGGAUGGAGGGGUUAUUAACUGCAAUGGACUUUGGUUUGAAAAUUCCUUUCACGUAAUUUUGUAUUUGUUACUCCACUCUUAAGAUUCUUAUUGGGACAAGGUAAGGGUAGGCAUUUUUCUCUUUUCUAAUCCAGUACAAAUCCACAAUUUUAUUGGAUUCCAUUUUCUUAUUUCUUGUCUUUUGGUGAAAGCUUUAAGGGGCUGUGUCAAGAUGAUGUUGCUGUUUUAGGUAAAUUUUGUGCCAAAAUCAUUACCUCAAAAGGCCCUUAUAUAAGACCCAUAAAAAAUGCUCUUGUAGAGUUAUGAAGACGAUGUCAAACACAUGUCCUCAGGGUGCACCAACCAAGAUAAUCUUUUGGGGAUUUUUACAGCAUUAAAACUUGGAAAAGUUGGCCAACUUUUCAUCCUCGCCAUCCUUUGAAACAGACCACAGGAAACAGUUUCAAUUCCUAAAUAUUGUCUUAAGUGACAAAACUAGUUUUGGCUUUUUCAUCUGAAAACCUAAAAAUCGCCUCUUGCCGAUUUUUAUCAUCGGAUUUGGCAUAAUAGCCAGAUUUGGUAAGGUUGUUUUUCGCUGAAAAGUUGUUUUUCUAAAAAAAACCUGGAAGUUUGCUUAACCCAUUCUUCUCCGGGAGUCACUGUACAUGUCUGGCUAUAAGGAGCUUUAAAAACUUACCCAAAAGCUGUUUACAGGUCAUACACUUUGCGGCCUUCUGAUCCAGAUGCAAAAUAAUCUUCACAAAAUAAUCAGCUUACGAAGUUCGGGCAUGCGCAGAAAGCAAAAUACCGAGAUUUUUCGAGUUUGGGGCAUUCUCGACCCCAGUGCUUAAAGUGACACAGCAGUCUUGACUUUUUCUUGUCGCUUUUUCUCCUCCCCUAUUCUUUCGCUGCUCUUAUCUCAUUUUUUUCUUUAGCUGGGCAUUUAGUAAGCUUCACUUUGGUGGGAAACGUUUUUGAGAAAAGCUUUUUAACAGGAUCUUAGGAUUAGAGAAAGGUAGGUGGGUAGUGAAACAAGAUUUUCAAGGAAAUUUUCGGGUCAAUGUUACAUGUUUUUUUGCCUUUUUCUUCGUUCUUCUGGACUGAAUCGUGCUCAUUCUGGUAUGGAUGAAAAGAUCUCUUCACCCUUCUCAAGUCAGCGGACAAAGGUAUCCUUGACCGUUCAAACUGAUGACGUCACAAGUGGUAGAAGGGGAGUGGAUCCGCACGGGCGGUUAUGGGCGGUUUAAGGGCGAAUGGGUUUAAAAGAUAGCAAAAAGCAUAACAUAGCUCCUUUGAUUAUUUUCCUGUCAAUUCUACAAGUGAUGUAUCUAUGAAUAUUUCAUCCUUUUGUUGUAGAUGUUGGGAUCUCUCAAUGUGCACAUAUGGCAGGCCUGGUGUGGUAGCACUAUUCACGACCUCCGAAGAAACAAGUUCUUUCCCUUGUACCCAGAUGUUCAGCUUACUGUUAAAAAGUUUUUUGUUCGUCACUGGGAAAAGGACUACGGACAGCGAAUAUUUGGCUACAUUCAUCCUCCUCAGUCCGGUAAUUUUGAUAGGUCAAUAAGCUUAACGUUGCGUUAUUUUUAUCUCCUGAAAUUUCACACCGACGUUAUUUGCGCGAAGAUUUUUCACCCCAGCAACAAACUACACAGUACGAAAAAACUAAGUUUAUGACUAAGAACAAUAAUUAAGAAAAUCUUACCUGUACUCGAUUCGAUCUGCCUUUUUAUCCAAACUUUCAUUCAGGUCCACAACUGCUUUUUUUAAUUUCCCUGACCCUCUUUUUUUCUUUGAUGUAAGUUGCUCUGCGACGAUCUGCGAAUACGACACCGAGUAACAUUUUUGCACCUUUUUCGGGCAUACCCAUGGACGGGUUCGAAAGGAUCCGGAACCCCACCCCCUCCCUAAGGUAACCUGCGAGCAAGCUCUCCUGAGGGUACUAUUAAGUAUUUAAAGGAACUCUCCCGAGUGAUAAAUUUAAGUCGAUUUUAACCCCCUCCCCUCACACCCCAUUACAAAGGUGUUGGGUUUACUCCUGAAAACCUCUCCAGACCCCUAAAUUGGACGUUUGAAAAUGUGAAAGUCUUAUUUUUUUUACCUAACUAUGUAAACAGAAUACGAGCCUGUAUUUGAGCUGCAGACAGCCUUUUGACAGCGACAUUGCAUUCUAGUGGCAGUAGUUCAAUUUUUCCUUGUGAUCAUUUUGUAGGCAAUUACAGCUUUGCUAUUUCUUCAGACGAUAGUUCAGAACUUUGGCUGAGCUCGGACGAGAAUCCCUCCAACGUCAAACUCAUAGCUUGGGUUGGGGACCGUACUCUUCUCCAUGGAAUUUUUCAAACUAAAAUAGCACAGUUCACAAAGUACAAGUCUCAAAUGUCCCGUCCUGUGUUUCUUCAAAAGGGCCAGAAAUAUUUUAUCGAAGUAUUACACAAACAGGGAAGUCUUCAAGAUCAUGUGCUUGUUGGCUGGAAAAUUCCCGGUAAGAGCCAUUUUAGGCAUCUUUCUGGAAAGUCGAUAUCAUUGUUUAUUGACGAUGAAAGAGCUUCUAAAGACGUUACGUUUUAUGCACAAUUUAUACCGCAAGAUCUUCCCAGUCAUUCACAUUACAGAACUUCAAGGCUUGAUCCUAAUGUUUUCCAAUUUGGAUCUGACGAUUUGCGAGACAAGGCUCACACUGCGGAAUUCGUGGAUGAGCGUGACAUAGAAAAGUUAUUUCCGAGUUGUCCCUAUAAACCUAGCUAUCAAGUGGACUUCAAAUUGAAGCGUUACGAAGGCGUAUAUCUUAUACAUGAUACUGCCAUUUAUCCCGAUGAUCAUACCGACCUUACGCACAUGAAGCAGUACGACAACUGCGCAUCAUCAAGAUUAACGGAUUCCCAUGGCAACAGACUCCCUUCACUGGACGUAAAAGAGCGAGAUCAAAAUCUGUACGAAAAUGGCAGUAUAAUGGUGUUUCGGACUGAAAAUGGCUUGGUACCCCUUUCUUUCGCUAAAAGUGCGGCCGAAAUACAGCAAGCCGAAGAAGAAUUAAGUGAAAUGCAAAUGGACAUAAGAGACAUAAAGAGACGGAGUCAAGAGGUCGGAGAUGCGCCAGCUCGGCCCGUUAAAACGGUGGUACAUUCUAAUACCGCAUCGGAUUCUGUAUUAGAAAAAGACGUUGAGAACGUUUUUGAGAUGAAGAAAAAAGCGAAAAGGAAAACUAUGGAGAAAAGAAGCGCGUCGCUGCGCAAUCAGAACAGUAGCUAUAAUUUCAACAGAGAUAAUAAAAUAACUAAGGAAAAAUUUCAAGGUUCACAGGUUAGAUUAAAGGAAGACAACGCACGUGGCGGUAGCAGACAUACACGUGAUAGAUCACGUGACAAAGAUUCCCCCGAUUCUGUAAGAGACCCUUCAAAUGGAGUUAUUGUGACUUCACAAGUUGGAACUCGACGAAAGCUGCUAAGUUACGAUACAGAAAGAGACGCCUCCUCAGUGAACAAACAGAACGAUAAGUCAACUGUGCAAAGCAAUUAUUACCUUGGUGAUUAUCAUUCGUACAAUUCACGUGCUCAGAGAUCUCGAGUAAGUAAUACGACUUACGUGAAAUUUCGACAGCGAACAGGGGGUGUACAAUAUUACCCGGUUGACAAGGAAGACGAUCAGUUUACACGGAUAAACGCGGCGAGAGAGUUUAUACGCAGGAUGGCCGAGGCAGUGCAACUGUAUAACCAGCACAUUAACUCGAAUACCCUCGCAGAGGCAGUGUACAGGAAAUUUGGACUUAAGAUGAAGAUACCUAACUUAUAUAGAGUCCCUGAUUAUAACGCUUGGAUUUUCCAUCAAAACAGUACAAAAUGCGCAAGCGAUGGAAAUCUCUUGUUGAAUAAUGACGUAAGUAUGUUUGGCUUAGUUAUGAAUUAGGAAAGUGAGGGUCAUUAUACAUUUUUUUUGUUCCUUAUGUAGUUUGGUGUUCCGUCAAACUGCUUUAAGUGACUGCUACUGGGACGAGUGUAGGCCACAUUUCCCACACCUCUUUACCAAAACCAUCCCAUAGCUUUCCCAUAGUGUAAUUCGAGACAAAACCGUCCCAGUCUCUCACGCAACUCAAACAGCUAAACCCAAGUUUGGUUCAGCUGGGUAGGAUUGCUGCUUUGGGGGAACUCCAAAGGGGUCGAAAUAAACGACGGCACGACCCCGCUGUCGUCUCGCAUGCUCAGUGGCCACACUUUUAAGAUUACAUCGAUUUUUCGCUGUGUGUCCCCCGUCCCACCUUGGCCUCGAUUAGUUUUCUACUUGCGGGUGGACAAAUUAUUGUACUUAUUACCUGGGUGCUUGAGUAAAGUUUUGUCGUUGUUGUUGUUAUUCCUCGAAAAUCAAGUUCACUUUGUACGAUGUACAUCAGGCGGCCUCGUUCCCAGGAUCCUUCUCCUCCAUAGCGAGAGAGACGGGUUUGAGAGGUCCCUGGGAACCAGGUUGGUACAUUAGGAAGGCACUUCUUAAAAUCGUUUGUUCCGAGACCUUGGUUUGUCCGUUGUCGGAGUGAAAGAGUUAAGGAAGAGUGGCCUAUUCUAAUUUUUUGCCGCUGAAAACUCUGAUUAAGGUUGCUAUCGAGCUGAUAUUAUUUUUUGUAUUAUGCAGGUUGCUGUCAGUGUUGUCAAUAAAUACGUACGCGCCUUGAGAAAAGCUACCGACAGGUACAAAAUCUAUCUUGAUUAAUGAAGCCCUUUCCUUAAAGGGGCUAUGUCACUAUCAUUUUACAUUGUGUAAAAGCUAAAACUUUUUUCGCUUCUGAAUCCAUAAUAGGUCCUGUGAAAAAUUCUUUCUUAAAUUGUAGUCGAUAUUCCGAUCUAUACAAAAGAAGAGUUUAUCGGAGCAAUUAAUAUAUGAUAUUGGUUUCCCGUUAAUUAAAUUAAAUGGAAAAAACAACAUCUCUUAAAAAUCUCCUAUCAGAUAAUGAUUCAAUAUUCAACUUAGAUAAUCGUGUUUCAUUUGCGUCAUCACAUUUUAAUAUUCACAUUGUUGCCCUGCUCUGAACAGCCUCUAAUUUAUCAUUGUUACGCUUUGUGUGAGGAUUCCACAAAAUGUUGUUAUUUAAGACUAUAUUUUAGUCUUGAAACUGUUUCCUGUCGUCUGUUACUACGGAUGGCAAGGAUGCAUGGACAUGGAUUGGAAAUUGAAAAAACUGGGCACAUUUUUUGCUCCGUUGCCGUGCGUCUGUUCAGCAAAAAGUGGUACACGGACCACAGGCGGAUGUGUCACUGAUGUGUGUCUCUUCCACCAACUAAGUGGAACAUAAAAAUAACUGCUCAAAACAUGUAAAAAAAAAGGUAUAAAAAACACAGUAUACUCAAAAGGAAGGCACGGAUGGGAAAAUUUGAAGACGAUUUUAAGGGAUUGUAAUUGUGGUUUUUGAAAACUUGUUAGGGCAACACCUUUUGUAACGUUUGAUAAAAUGUUUGGGAGACAUAGUUGUCUGACAGAAAGCUCUGAUUUUGUCAUCUACGAGUAAUUACUGAAGGAAGGACGCGUAAUUUGCAUUAAACAUAAGAUGAACUAGACAGCCAUGUCACAGCCCUUCCAAGGAAGAGAGAGAACCCUGGGAACGAGGUUAAGCCCCUUCACAUCUCGCAUAAUGCACCCUAUUUGCCCCCUUCCCCACCACCCAAAAAAAUUUGCAUAAGCAUUGUUUUCAAUUUCUCUUGGGACGGCUGUAAUACCCAGGAGAAAUGAACUAGUGGUCUAUAAUCAAUGCUGCGUUCUGAUUGGUUGAGCUACUACUAGGCUAUAUCUUAUAGCUCACUAGUAGCGAAAAGCGCCGGCCUUGAAAACCAACACAAUGGCUUUAAGUCUAGCUUUAAAAUAGCGAAAGUUGUUUUGUCUCGAAAUUUUUGACCAACUAGUUGGAUUUUGCUAAAAUAAUUAUUCCUCUCGCCCUCAUGGGCUAUUGACUCAGAGCCCAUUCAGGCUCGAGGAAUAAUUGUUAAAUAUUUUGUUUGGUUUUCUCCAUUUGUGCUCAAGUCUCUUCUGGGAAUUGCGGGACAAUGGAGUCGUGAAAAAUUUGCAAUUUUGUCCCGGCCAACGUUUCGUUGUUUAUGUUUCAGCAAAUACUCCUUAAAAGAAAUUAUUGAUGUGGAAGAAAAUCAUGAUGUUAUACAAGGUGACAGAUAUCUUAUUGACGUGGUAAGUGAAUAUUGAGAAGUUUAUUUCAGAAAACCUCUUUACCUUGUGUUGUGUGGUUUGUUAGUACUUACAGUACGAUAUCCUUGUUUUUUUAAAGGAACUGAAUAUGGAGGGGAAAAGUAAGUAUCGUCAAUCAUUAGUUUAUAAUAUUAAUAGCUUCGUCUUGCCUUUUAUAUGAUACGGAAAAAAAGGAUAAUAAAAAUGUGCAAAAGCAAAAAAUAAUAAAUAUGGAUACAGCAGGGAUGCAACAAAAUCGGCAAGCCAAUUACAGUGGCCCCGUUGCUUAAAAAACAUGUAAAAGACAGUAAAAGUGCAUAAAUCAAUUGGCCAUUUCCGAGUUCCCCCUGGCCUCUGUAUCAAAACGAGGUUAAGUGCUCAGCCUUUGAUAUGGAAAUGAUUGUUUAUUCCCAUGCAAAUAAAACUCAUUUUCACAAGAAAGGCUGUGCACUUGGCGUCAUUUCGAAAGUGGGGGUUCUUGGAACUCGGAAGUGGCCUCUUAAAAACAACAAUGGAGACGGACAGACACAGAACGUGAAACGUAACAUGACGGAUAGACGGUGUUCCAGGAUCGUGGGUCCUCUGGGUGGUAGCUAUGUUCUAAGGCGCGUCCACAUAAUAUUUAUACAGGAUGGAUUUGAAUUGAGUGCUCUGAAGGUUGCAUGAAAGUUAAAGGUUUUGUUGUUAGCAGUUUUGUUUUAUCAGCAGCGUGGCGCGUUUUAACGCUCGGCGUUUUUCUUCCCGCAGAUUCUUCGGUACGUCUGACACAGUUCGUGUACCAGAAGCUGGGCACUACAGAAUUCUGUUUACCCGAGGGAUUUACCUUAGAUCAACACGCCACGGUGCAUAUUAUUAUACCGGGUUAGUACCUUCACCCAUAAGAGUAUUGGGAAAAGUACGCACAACAAUAACAGCUACCCGCGAAAAGUUUCUUUAAGGUGGAUGUCCACUGUCGCCUUAUUUUUACGCAACCUUUCAAACAUUAGAGUCACAGACUCGUUUAAGGCAAACGGCAAACGCGAAUUUGUACCACGAGACCAAUUUUUCCCUUUACUUGUCGUUACUGUUCAUUACUUCUACGCAAAUUUUAGUCUCACGCCAGUUUUGUCAAUAAAGAUUGUUUUAGACAAUAAUUAUCUGCCGACUGCUCAUUUUCUAUUUUGCGAAAAUUUCAACUUGAAUCUGACGUUUGCAAGCGCAAGUUUCAGAAGGCAUUAGAGACCUUAACGUCGACGUCUGUCCACCUUUCCGCAAACGGCAAACCUGGCGCGUUUUUCUGUUAGCGGUUAGCGGUUUCACGUCUGCUCAUAUUUGGGACUUGAGAUUCGAGGGUGGUAGCCUGGGGCUGCCAUGUUUGUUUUCAUUCAUUCGCUUCACUUCACGUCCACAGUUCAAAAUUAUGUUUCUAUGAAAAAGAAUUCGAUAAUUAAUAAGCGAAAUAGUUCUAAAAGGCAGUAUUUCCUUUCAAAAGUGAAAUUGUGAUGUUUUAGGCGCAAAAACCGUACGAAUAAACAAUUACAUCUAGACAGUGACCUAGCCGUGCAAUCGUGAACCUCAAACCGCAAACCUGACGGCAAGGUACUAGUCACGUGACUUCUUGACGUUCGCGGUUCGCGGGAAAUGCCGGAAGGUCUCUAUUAUCGCCUUAGCUACAAAAAAUCAACGAGUAACGAGUUGGUGAUCCUUUCUUCUUAGCCACUGUUUGAAUCGGCGCUGUUUUUAUUUAUUGCAGUUAAGAACCAAGGGAAGUGGGUACAGCAUUUCAUUAACAACAUGGUGGAGGUAACAGCUCAUACAGCUGCCUAUCUAUGAAGUAUAAUAAAGUCAACUGCGCACUAUGUCAAAUAUCUAAGGCCCUUUGUCUUCUGCAGUGAUGCCAACUCUCCCGCUUUUGGCGGGAGACUUACGCUUUUUUGCCUCGUCUCCCGCUCUCCCGCUUUGGUACAUAAAUCUCCCGCUUUUUACGUCCACUAUAAAUAUUGAAUACCUAGUAAAACAUAAAUAAAACAGACUUAGUUUGAGAUUUAGCCCAUUUUCAGCUCAAAACAAGACAGUCUCCCGAUUUUAGGUCUCCAGAGGUUGGCAUCUCUGCUUCUGUGUCUGUAGUGGAGAAUCCGUUAGGUUUACAUGGGUUUUGUCCGUGUGCAUAAUGGCACCGGUAGACUACAGCCACAUUUGCCAAUUUGACCUUUCCCUCAUUAUUUUAUUCAAAGGAGAAAAAUUAUACGGACUUUCUGUGAGACAUAUUCUUUGCUCUAAGAAAAUAAAUUUGUAUCCUUUGAUCUCCCUAGAUAAGUCGGGAAGAGGAAGGAACAAGUCGCUUACUCUUUUCCGACUUAUCUAGGGAAGAUCGAAGCGACUCUGCUAACAGGGUAGUUUAUUCUGCAAAGUUACUCAAUAAAACCCAGUCUAUCUAUCUACCUAUCUUUCUAUCUAUCUAUCUAUCUAUCUAUCUAUCUAUCUAUCUAUCUAUCUAUCUAUCUAUCUAUCUAUCUAUCUAUCUAUCUGUCUGUCUAUCUGUCUGUCUGUCUGUCUGUCUGUCUGCCUGUCUAUCUAUCUAACUAUCUAUCUAUCUAUCUAUCUACUCUCUCAAGUUUUUUAUCUUGGUUUUGUCACAUUUCAGCUGUACUCUGAGACGAAGGACCCUCAUGUCAAUAUUAUCCUGGUGGACUUCAGCAGCACUGAUAUUGAUGUGGUUGCGGCGUUAGAGCGUAGCGGGUUAAAAAGGUCUGUGUUUUUAUUUUUCUUCAAUCAUGUAAUCACAACUUUUAGAGAGAUUUUCUACUUAACUACUUGUGUCACAAAAUAAGGAAAAAGGCUGUUAGACAGCGCUAUCUAAUCUUUUUCGCGGCGCAACCAUCACGUUGGUUCCAAACGUGCUGUUCUAUCAAAGCAAUACAUGUAAACUAAGCUAACCAUUAACUAACCAUUUUUUUAUUUAGGUACAAAGUAAGAAAACUUAAAGGAGCGUUCCAAAGAGCUUUCGGUAUUCAAGUUGGUGCAGCCUUAGUAAAGGUUUGUACAAUAAUUCGCCCUUCAUAAAUGUCUAUUCACGGUGUUCUUUCCCUUGUGGAAGAAACAUUGAUUUCAUUAAUUGCUGGCGUUCGCGCGCGUUAUGCAGCAUAAGUAGUGACCUUAAGAUACACCGUUUCUGUCUACGGGUACGGUUAGGCGAUCUUGUUGGCCGCGUAGUUAAAUAAAAGGCGACCGUUAUUUCCCAGCUGAGAUGAUGGCGUUAGCGUUCUAACCGGUAGCCUACCCGUUUAUCCGGGGUAAGAGACAAUCUAUUUACGGCUAUGCGUACGGGUUAUUUACCCGUACUCUUACACUGAAACGGUGUAUCUUAAGGUCUCUAAUGUUACCAAAGGUGAGUUGGCCGUUGUGCUUACUCGUGACUUUUUUUCUACCUUUUCAGAAUCCUCGUGACAUUAUAUUCAUGUGCGAUCUUCAUCUGCAAAUUCCAAACAAUAUCGUUGGCAUAAUUAGAAAGGUGAGAAGCAGCUGUUAAGGUAACUUAGAAGCUUGAAAAAAACCUGCAAUUUUAGUAUUCGACUUCCUUCGUCUACUGUAGAUUUAUUGAUUUCAUUGUUAUACUUUUUUUUUUUAAUAUGCCGGCUAUCGCUCCAUAUUUACUCGAAUAAGCGCCGCGGUUCGUAUUAAUUUCACCGCUCAAAUGUAGCGCUUAUUCGAGGGUGGCGUUAAUUUGAAAGUUGGACGCGACAAAGAAUUGUCUUAGCUACAGUUUUAUUAUUUUCCUCAUUAAACUAACAGAGUUUUAAAACGUCUUUUGUUGAUUUUAUCAUAUCGGGGCGUUUUCGAGGACGGCGCUAAUUAAUUUUUUUUGUCCCAAACGCGGCGAUUUUACUAAAAUUCUCUUGAAGAGGGCAGCGCUUAUUCGAGAAAAUAAUAUACAUUGCACUAAAACUCAAGUGAAACAACCCAAGGCUUUGGGGUUUAGACUUGCUGCAUGUCGACCUUUCAUAAGUUCCGAUCCAGAACGAGCUCUUGACAUUGUUACAUUGAAUACAGGUUUUCAUCAACUGGGCUUUUGUGUGUUUUUUUUUGUUUUUGGUUUUCAGCAUUGUGUUCUCGGUAAGAUGGCAUUUGCUCCAAUUGUGGCCCGACUUCAUUGUGGCUUCUCACCAUCACUACCUUAUGGUAAAUACUUUCUUUUCUUUUCUAACAACCCCAGCCUGUCUUACUCUGUCGUCAUUUUUAGGAUCCCUACAAGGCAAAGAUCGCGUAUACCCUUUGUACCAGAGGUUUUUUUCUCGCGUAUAAGGGAAUGCUUCGGUGUUGUCGGCAGGCCGACAGAUCUUCGGCCGCAGGCUCAAGCAACAAGCGUUAAAGUCGUGCGGGUCACUAUAGAGACUUCACUGGAACCCUUAAACCGCGCAUGAAAAGUCUCUUACAACUUAGUAACGCCAAACUUUAUUGCCAUGAUUACCCACUGAACUACCGACAUCCCUAGUACUAAGAUCUUUCUAGCGAAAGCAGUUCACGUGAAGCAUUGGAGGAUCUUCCUCUUGCUAGGAGCUUCCUACCUGUCAGCUAGGAAGUUCCUAGCGCGAGGUCAGCGAGGAACAUGUACAACCCUUUGCAUGUAAACUGAAUAUAGAAAACAUAUGGCGCUAAGAUGAUCUACGUCCUAGGAUCUUCCUCCCUCCAUGUAAAAAGCCCCUAAAAUAAACUAUGUGAUCAACAACUGAAACAAACACAUUAUGUUGUAUCUUUGUCAGCUAUGCCAGCUUAUACUUGAUUUGCUUUGUCAGGUUUUUGGGAGCUUCAGGGUUAUGGUCUGUUUGCAAUGUAUAAAGCAGACUUUACUCGUGUGGGUGGAAUGAACUUCAAGGAAUUUCGUACCACAUGGGGAGGAGAAGACUGGGAACUACUUGAUAGGUAGGUCUGGCAUGCGCAGGCGCAACACUUGAAUUCUCCAUUUACACACCUCCCAUAAUGCACCUUUUUUGCCCCCGCCCCUCCCCCCCCGAAAACGUUGUGCAUAAGCAGUGUCUUCAGUUUCUCUUGGACCACUGUAAUGCCCAGGAGAAUUAAAAACAAAGGUUAUGGAAAAUUCUGGAUGGCAAACAAGGCGUAUUAUGGGAGAUGUGCAAAUGGUGAAUUUCCAGAUUUCUGUGGACGAACAAAGCGUCCACUAGUGAUCUGGGAACGAGAUUAACCCCAGAAAAAAAGGGUAGGGACAGUCACGCUUUCUUGUAAUGCUUUUGUUAUUGGUUGAAAGGAACUGAAUAUUUUGUUUUGAUUAGGUAGCUAGCAAAAGGUGCAAGCGCCCCUUGCCUUGGGAGACUCGCUCUGGGUUUUGAUUUGCCUAGUCCCUGUGCAAGAAAUCCGCCAAGAUAAACACAGCUCGUAGUUGACGUGAUGCCUACUGUUUGGCACAUUUCACUUUCUCUUGAUUGGUUGACCCGCUUUGGGUUCUUAUUAACCCACAGAAUAACCUCAGGAACUGUUAGGGGAAAUUCUUUCGUUCCAUGUAUCCAUGUAAAUUUCCCCGAGGCAAUUUCAUUUGGGGAAAAUCGGUAACACAUAAUGCCGAGGAGUUGCUUCCCCCUGAGCAAGAGCAGUUGUUGCACGGUUAGAAGAACCAACCAGCUAUUCAUCGCUUAACACGAGUUGCUUGUUUUCUCCGCUUGGUUGCUGGGGUAUAAUUUUCCCGCAUUUCUUAAAGUCGGGUGCUUUCUCGAGCUUGGGACUAAUUAAAUACAAGUUUCCCGCCCUUUUCUAACACAUGCUUUAGGUCACGUGCCCGCCACCCUUUGCAUGUUUUUGCUUUUGUUAACGAAUAUUCUGUGGACAUCUGGCUUCUGCUAACUGUAAGGUGUUUUGAAAUCUAUGAACAGAGUUUUGCUCUCGAAAAUGGAGGUGGAGAGGUUGCGCGUUGCCAAGUUUUAUCAUUAUUUUCACUCGAAGAAGGGAAUGUGGGGAACAAGAAACAUGUUUAACGCACGCAGUGUGUGGCAACGUUUUGAUGAAGACACUGAAAUUAUAACUCUUUACAACGAGACGAGAGAGAAAGAAGAGGCAAAACGAAUCCCCCGCUUUUAUUGAAGUGACCUCUACAAUGUAGGUUCAAGCCAAGGCUUGGAAAAUAAAUAGCAAAUGAAAUGUUGCUGUUACUUUUAGGAGAUAUAAAAUUGAAAUUUUAAUUUCAACGUAAACUUUUUAUAUCUGGACGGUGAAAUGCUGAUGCAGGAAAAUUUUUUCAUCGGUAUCUAUGAAGACAUUUACAAUGGGACAUGAUAAACUUUAUAAGAGUGUAUGAAUUUAAAAAAAGGUGUUGAAAACCGCAGUUUUUGAAAGCCUAAAUUUGAAAUAUUUUCGUGGCUAACAUGCUCACUGCCCCGGCGGGGGAGGUAUUGACCGGGAUGCUCCUUGGAAAAUUAAAAUUAAACCCCCAAGGGAGACCAAUGUGGUUAUAGCUCAAGCUUUAACUGACCCCUAAAGGUCCAUUUCUUAAUUGCCAAAUUACACUCCACUCAGCUCAAUUACCAUUAUUUAAGGUCUGUGAACAGGCUAGUUGCCAACUAACGCGCGAAAAUCUCAGAUCAUUGGCUUGAUAGAUGAUGAUAGACGAUAUUCCUGUGUUAUUAAACUAACGAUUGAGAAGUCUGAGAUG